CAUUGUCUUUUCUCUUUCUGUCUUCAGUCUGUGUAGAUGCAGAAUUACAGAGAAACAGUGUCUCAUCCUGACUUCAGCUCUGAAAUCAAACCCAUCACACCUGAGAGAACUGAACCUGAGCAGGAAUAAACUAGGAGACUCUGGAGUGAAAAACCUCAGUGAUCUACUGAUGAACACACAAUUCAAGCUGGAGAAACUAGGGUUAAGCAGCUGUGAAAUGACAGAUGAAGGUUGUUCUGCUGUGACUUCAGCUCUGAAAUCAAACCCAUCACACCUGAGAGAACUGAACCUGAGCUGGAAUAAACUAGGAGACUCUGGAGUGAAAAACCUCAGUGAUCUACUGAUGAACACACAAUUCAAGCUGGAGAAACUAGAUCUGCGUGGAUGCAGUAUUACAGAGGAACAGUGUCUCAUCCUGACUUCAGCUCUGAAAUCAAACCCAUCACACCUGAGAGAACUGAAUCUGAGUGAGAAUAAACUAGGAGACUCUGGAGUGAAAAACCUCAGUGAUCUACUGAUGAACACACAAUUCAAGCUGGAGAAACUAGAUCUGUGUGGAUGCAGAAUUACAGAGGAACAGUGUCUCAUCCUGACUUCAGCUCUGAAAUCAAACCCAUCACACCUGAGAGAACUGAACCUGAGUGAGAAUCAAAUAACAAACACAGGAGUGAAUCACUUAUGUGACGUACUGAAGGAUUCACACUGUAAACUGGAGAGACUGAGGUUAAGAUGGUGUGAAAUGACAGAUGAAGGUUGUUCUGCUGUGACUUCAGCUCUGAAAUCAAACCCAUCACACCUGAGAGAACUGAACCUGAGUGGGAAUAAACUAGGAGACUCUGGAGUGAAAAACCUCAGUGAUCUACUGAUGAACACACAAUUCAAGCUGGAGAAACUACAUCUUUAUAACUGUGGAAUUACAGAUGUUUCUUCUUUAACUCAGUCUUUGACAAACACAAAAGCACUGCAGUUUCUAAAAGAGCUUGAUCUGAGAGACAAUAAGAUUGGAGACUCAAAGCAGCAGCUCAUUGAUGUGCUACGAGACUCAAACUGUAAACUGAGUGUAGAUACAGAUGAUGAAUGCUGUAUAUGAUAAUUUGAAGUGGUCUUGAGAGGAGCAGUAAACAUCAGGUGAGGAUCCACAGAAGAGCUUCACUACUGUGUCUAUGAGGAGAAAGAAA